CCGUUCGUGCCCGUGACGAUGCAAGAUAGGCCUUCGCCUCCGAGCAAAAAGCACCGUCGCCUGGCUUCAGAACAUGCAGAUUCCGCCCACCAUGUACCAUCUGUGGCCGACGAAAGGAUCACGCCCAUCCCGACAUCCGCGCGUGCACCAACGUCCACCUCUUCAUCGCCUGAAUCGACCGAAUCAUCGUCGGAAUCUACCGCGCCCGUUCCGGACACUGCAAAGCAGGCCGCAAGAAGACGGCCUGUGAGAAAGGCCGUCAAUGUUGCCUGCGAGUCUUGCCGGAAGCGCAAAAUAAAGUGCAAUGGGAACCGGCCGAAAUGUUCAGCAUGCGAAAGUCGCCAGGUCGAGUGCCAAUAUGCCUCGGCGUAUCGUGAGGAGACAAUCUCGGCCGCGCUCAAGCGCAAGUACCAGGAGGAGAAUAAGAAAUCAAGUUCUUAUGAGGAGUUCUUCACCGCUCUCCAAAAUUGCUCGGAGGAGGAUGCGAGGACCAUGUUCAGCCUGGUGCGUCAAGGUGUCGAUCCUGGGGCUCUUCUGAGGCGGAUGAGGGAAUGCGAUCUUCUGCUACAGCUCUCUGUCGUGCCCGAGACUCGAAGACGCUAUCAGUUCCCCUAUCUCGCCGCCAUGCCACUCCAUCUCCAAACCCCGGACAACCCGUAUCUCGACUCGGUCCUGUAUGAGACAGCAUUCCACGGAGUUGGCAACCAGGCCAGCCAGGGGUCCGCAUUGCUUCAGCACGGACAAGCCGGCAGAUAUCAGAACAUCUACCUUCAGCCGUAUCAUGCCGCCGAACUCCUGGAUCCCCUGAUUGACCACGUCAAGCCGUCUAAGUGGACUAUGGUCACCACUGACGACCACUUGAUGCGGACGCUCUUGCGAUCUUACAUUCUUCACGAAUACCCAACCUUUCCCAUAUUUCACAAGGACAUCUUCCUUCAGGCCAUGAUUGACGAGGACACGCAAUAUUGCUCCUCAAUGCUCGUCAAUGCCUUGUUGGCGGAAGCAUGCCACUGCUUCAUUGGCAUACCCAAUCGGCACCAGUUCUGGGUUCCUCAGAGCCUCAGAUACCGUUUCCUCGCCGAGGCAAAGCGCUUGUGGGAGCUUGAAAGCGAAAGGAUAGACCUGGUUACCGUGCAGGCCGCCACGCUCCUGAAUCUCAUCUAUAGCCACAAUGGAAUGGAUAAGGUUGGCCAACCGUAUCUGAUGCACGCACUCCAAGUUGCCCAACGGCUGGAGCUGUUUGGCGACCAUGCACACGUGAAGAGCCAGAGAAUGAUUCACGCUCGCGUCUUUACUGCCUGGGCUCUCUUCAACUGGCAGUGGUGUGUAUCCCCCACGCUUUUCAUACAAUCGUACUAUUACUACCGGGCUCCUUUGAUUCCUGAUCCGCCAGCCACGCCGCUACCCGACCCAGAUGAGCAUCCGUUUUGGUAUGGGGACUUCAAGCUGAGAUACCCGCUGAAUCCGACCCUGGUGCCGGCACAUUAUGGACAUUAUUUCAAAGCGAUCUCCGGUCUGCGUUCAAUCAUCCAUGAUAUGGCCGCUAUCAGUUACAGCCAAAAGGAAGAGCACACAGUAUCGCCCCGUCUGAUCUGGUCCGUAUUUUCGAGGCUGGAGAAGUGGUUCCUGGGGCUGCCCGCCGUCCUUUCACCCCGAAAUAUUGUCUUCCCAUGGCAGCUCAAGAUACACAUGGAGCUUUAUCUGGCCACCAUAUUGUUUUCCACAAAGCAGGCGGGUGUUUCGGAGGCUUCGACGCUCAUGAAAGAAACAGCUCAGAAAACAGUUGCCCAUGCAGCUGCUCGCCUCGAGACCGUUGCGCGCCUCUACUAUAUCCGUCACAGCUUUGAAUACUGCGACCCCUUCUUGACGAUUCAUCUCUCCUUCAUAGCAGGCGGGGCUAUGGACAGCCUCAAAUUGACUCCGGCUCACGACGUAGAGACCAUCAAGUCCUUAAAGUCCACAAUCAUCCUAAGCCUCAAGGGGCUAUACGACCAAGGCCAGCACAUUCACCUGACCUCGGUCAUCUACCGACUGCUACGGGAUCGGCUGAGUCCAGAAGAUCUAGACCUUCUCCAAAAUUUUGUGGUCUGGGAUCCUCUCACCCCCGAAGAGCCGCUCUUGGUACAGUAUGCCCAGUCCCAUUAUCCUCUGACCAUGGGCAGCAAACACCAAGACCCGACCUCCACGCGGCUCGAGAAUCUGGUCAAACAAUAUGAGCAACUAUCGACCGAUGAGACAACAUGA